GCCGCGCGACCGGAGCGCUCGGGGACAUGGCGGGAUACACCGGGACACGGCGGGGUCGAGAGGAGCCGAGCGGGCCCCACCGGGACUGAGCAGGAUCCACCGGGACCCACGGGACACACUGAGACUGAGCAGGAUCCAUCGAGACCCACCGGGACUGAGUAGGAUCCACCGGGACACACCGGGACCCACGGGACCCACCGGAUCCACCGGGACUGACCGAGGCCGAGCGGCACCUCCAUGUGCGACGUGUCGGGUGACGGUGGCGGGUGCGGGGCGGACGCGGAGCCGCCGCGGCGCCGCCGCGCACCAAGAGACAGCCACCCCCGAACCUGCAUGAAGUGCGGGCAGGGCACGGCCGCCCUCAUCAUCCGCGUCGGGGACCCCUUCUGCCGCGGCUGCUUCCGUGAGUACUUCGUGCACAAAUUCCGUGCAAUGCUGGGCAAGAACCGUGUCAUCUUCCCGGGAGAGAAGGUGCUGCUGGCGCUGUCGGGGGGCUCAGCCUCCAGUGCCAUGGUCCGGCAGGUGCAGGAGGGGCUCAGCCGGGAGGCAGCCAAGAGGCUCCGCUUCAUCCCCGGCCUUGUCUACGUUGAGGAGGGAGCUGUGCGCAGGCAGAGCCCAGAGCAGCGGGAACAGACCCUGACCCACAUGGAGACCCUGCUGCGGGCCACCGGCUUCCCCUACUACCUGAUCCACCUGGAGGAGGCACUGGAGCUGCCCCCAUCCAUCUUACAGCCAGGGCCAGAGCAGUCCAGCAAGUCCGGCUCAUCUGGCCCCUCCUACAAGGAGGCUGUGGACAGCUUUAUUCAGCAGAAGCGACAGGAGGGGGAGGGGGACAGUGCCACCUCUCUGCCUGGCCAUAGCACCCAGGACAUGCCAGUGGGACCCCCGUACACUCCCCGCCUGCCUGACACUGCCCAAACCCAGGAGCUGCUUCGGAUCUUCGAGGCCGUCGAGACAGCGACAGCACGGGAGGAGCUGCUGCAGAUGCUGCGGACCCACCUCAUCCUGCAGAUGGCCCGGAGCAGGGGCUACUCCAAGGUGAUGACGGGCGAGACCUGCACCCGCGUGGCCAUCAAGCUCCUCACCAACCUGUCACUGGGCCGUGGUGCCUUCCUUGCCGUCGACACGGGCUUCACAGACAAGCGCCACGGCGAUGUGAUGGUGGUGCGGCCCAUGCGGGACUACACGGCCAAGGAGAUCGCCUUCUACAACCACUUCUUCAACAUCCCCACUGUCAUCGUGCCACCCCUCUUCACCAAGCGCCGGGAGAAGCCCAGCAUCCACCACCUGAUCGAGCGCUUCCUCCUGGGGCUGCAGGAGGAUUUCCCCUCCACCAUCAGCACUGUUUACCGGACAGGGGAGAAGCUGAGCCCAGACCCAGCCAAGGCCAGCAGCGAGUCCCAGCGCUGCCUCCUCUGCCUCUGUGGCCUGGACAUUGAGGGAGGUAAGUGGGUUGGGCAUGGGGGGCUCAGAGGAUUUGAGGAGCAGCUGUGCACCCCACAGUUGCCUCCCUGCCCUCUGGCUCUUGCAGAAGAGGAGUUGGCCCUGGAGCCCACACUGAUCUGGGAGGAGCUGGAGCCAGUGGGGAAUGGGUGCUGCCAGCAGGGGGCUGAGAGCAAAGCUGCCUAUAUUCCACUACUGUGCUACAGUUGCCGCCUCACCUUCAAGGAGCUGGGCCCCCUCACCACACUGCCACCGUACAUGCGUGCUGAGGCCCAGCGCAGGAUCCACAGUGCAGAGAUGGCGCAGCAGACACAGGAGAACCAGGAGCGCAGCAAGAGCUGAAGGGGUUGGGGACAGGGGGGAACACAGCCCCCCGUCCCUCAGUGGCAGUACUGGGGCAGGUGCCAGCCCCACCAGAGCUUGGUGGCGACCCCUGGCACCCAUUUCUGCUCCAGCCAAAGGCAGGGAGAGCCCCCCCCCCAUUUACUGGGGUCCAGGAGUGCUGGUAACCCCAGAGUAGCAUGUCCCUGCUCCCCCCACCCUCCCUGCCCCAGCUACCUGUCAGCCAUGGAGGCCUCAAGUUUGUUUUAUUCAAUAUCUAUAUAAAUAAACCAUUUGAAUUAAUAAAA